AAGUAUCUGAGUGAAGGUGGACAUGGUUAUAAGAGAAGGAGCAGCUGAAGCUAAGACAGGCACCAUGAAGGCCCACCUGUUCUCUCUCUGCUGCUUCUGUUGGCUCCUGCUGUCCACCAGCCUCGCCACCGUCACUACGAAACAAGCCAUCGUUGUACCGUGUUUAGAGCCAUGUUUUGUGUACAACAGUAUUACAGAUGAUUGUUCGAAUACUUGUAUUCAUCCCUUCGGCUCAGCUGACUCCCCCAGGAACCAGCCCAGGUACCGGUACCCGCCCAGGAACUCGACCAGGUUCCCGCCCAGGUACCCGCCCUGGCAUCCGACCAGGUACCCUCCCAGUUGUCCUCCCAGGUGCCCGCCCAGGUAUCCACCCAGGUAUCCGCCCAGGUAUCAACAGGCCACGUCCAGGAUUCAGAUAUCCUCCAAGCCAGGGUAUCCACAACCCACCUCCAGGAUUCAGAUAUCCUCCAAGCCAGGGUAUCCACAACCCACCUCCAGGAUUCAGGUCUCAGAGAGGAUAGACACAGUUUCCAAACAGCGUCGCAGAUGAUAGACCCUGCAUCCAGACAGCCUUUCAGAUGAUAGACCCAGCAUCCACAGCUUCUCAGAUGAUGGAUCCAGCAGCCAGACAGCCUCUCAGAUGAUAGACCCAGCAUCCACAGCUUCUCAGAUGAUGGAUCCAGCAUCCAGACAGCCUCUCAGAUGAUAGAUCCAGCAACCAGACAGCCUUUCAGACGAUAGACCCAGCAUCUAGACAGCCUCUCAACUGACAGACCCAACAAUAAGACAGCCUCUCAGUUGGUAGACCUAGCAUCCAGACAGCCUCUCAGAUGAUAGAUCCGGCAUCUAGACAACUUCGUUGAUGGCAGACCUUACAUUCAGACGGCCUCACAGAAGAUGGGUGCCACACCCAGAUCUCACAGAGAUGGGUGCCACACCCAGAUCUCACAGAGGAUAGGUUCCACACUCAAAUCUCACAGAGGACGGGUACCAUAUUCAUGUGAUCUCCGAAAAUAGACGUCACAUCCAGACGGCGGACUAUCUUCGUCCUCUGGGAUACUUGGAUAUGGACCUGAGGUCACCAUCCAACAAAGAAGUUAGACACCGAGAAUAUCUUUGCAUUGCUCUAAAUUUCCACCGUUGUGUUCAAAAUUUUGAAAUAAAAAUGUGCUUUCCUUUGCAAUGAGUGAUUCAUAUAUUUAUAUAUACAAUCAAUUUUACCUUUUUUAAAUAUUUCGGUCUUUUUUUAAGGUUUUGGGUUA